CUUUGGUGAAGGAAAAUGACAGAUCGUGAGAAGUUUUUUCGUGUUUUUUGUAUAGGGACAGCCGAUACGAAGUUGCAGGAGCUCCGAUUCCUCUGCGACUCCGUUAGAUCCCAUCUUGAGAUUUUCUCUAAGACUUCUGCGCUCAAGGUUCAAGUGAUAGUUGUUGAUGUUUCUACUGGUCAACGGGAAACAGAAAAAUUGAGAGAUUUCCCAUUUGUGACUAGAAUGGAGGUUCUCUCUUGCUGUUUCGGAUUGGAAGGGCAACCGUUAAAGCAGCUUCCAAGUGAUAGGGGUCAGGCAGUUGCCAUGAUGAGUAAAGCCCUUGAACAUUACCUGAAGAAAACUCAAGAAGAUCAUGUUCUUAGUGGAGUUAUUGGCCUUGGAGGCAGUGGUGGAACAUGCCUAUUAUCCUCUGCUCUAAGAUCUCUUCCAAUUGGAGUGCCAAAGGUCAUUGUAUCAACUGUAGCUAGUGGACAAACUGACCCUUAUAUCGGAACCUCAGAUUUGAUACUAUUCCCAUCAGUGGUAGAUAUAUGUGGGAUUAACAGUGUAAGUCGGAUUGUUCUAUCAAAUGCUGGAGCUGCUUUCUCUGGAAUGGUCAUUGGAAGACUAUUGGGAUUCAAAGAUUCUGGUAAGAUGACUGAAAAACGUACAGUUGGUAUAACCAUGUUUGGAGUGACAACUCCAUGUGUAAAUCUUGUCAAGGAAAGACUGUUGAAAGAAGGUUAUGACUCAUUGGUUUUCCAUGCCACUGGGGUUGGUGGAAGGGCUAUGGAGGAUCUGGUCAGAGCAGGAUUAAUACAGGGUGUUUUGGACAUCACAACGACGGAAGUUGCUGACCAUGUGGUGGGAGGUGUGAUGGCCUGUGACAGUUCUCGUUUUGAUGCUAUCAUAGAGAAGAAGGUUCCAUUGGUUCUGAGUAUAGGAGCCUUGGAUAUGGUGAAUUUUGGAGCUAAAGAUACCAUACCUUCGAAUUUUCAACAAAGAAAUUUUCAUGAACAUAAUGAGCAGGUUUCACUUAUGCGAACUACAGUAGAUGAAAACCAGAAAUUUGCAGCAUUCAUCGCAGAUAAAGUGAACAAGUCAUCAUCUAAGGUAUGCAUUUGCUUGCCACAGAAGGGCAUCUCUGCUUUGGAUGCACCAGGGCAGCCCUUUUAUGAUCCUGAAGCUACUGGAACUCUUAUCUCUGAAUUGGAGAGGCUUGUUGAGACAAAUGUAGAUAGGCAGGUAAAGAGAUAUCCCUAUCACAUAAAUGAUCCUGAAUUUGCAAAUGCCUUGGUUGACUUAUUUUUAGCAAUUAGUGUCAAGAAUUCCAAAGACGCCGGUCUGCAACAAGAUACUGUCCUUGAAGACUGUCGACAUCUUCAUGAGGAACACAUUUCUAAGGGGAACUUGUCAGGCUGUGGAAUCAUUUGUUACAGCCCAACCGAUUUCCCUGAUGCAAGACCAGAAACUUUGCGGAGAACUCAGUCAAUACGCGAUCAAUUGAAAGAUCAAAUAAAUAAGGGAAUGCCCGUUAUAGGAGCUGGUGCAGGGACAGGCAUUUCUGCUAAGUUUGAGGAAGAAGGUGGUGUAGAUCUCAUAGUAUUAUACAACUCAGGUCGCUUCCGCAUGGCAGGACGGGGUUCCUUGGCAGGUUUACUGCCUUUUGCAGACGCAAAUGCGGUGGUGCUUGAUAUGGCUAAUGAAGUAUUGCCAGUGGUCAAGAAAGUACCUGUUCUUGCUGGAGUGUGUGCAACUGAUCCAUUUCGCCGAAUGGAUUACUUUCUAAAGCAGCUGGAAUCAGUAGGAUUUUUUGGGGUGCAGAACUUUCCGACUGUGGGACUUUUUGAUGGUAACUUUAGGCAAAACCUGGAAGAGACAGGAAUGGGAUAUGGCAUGGAGGUUGAGAUGAUUGGAAAAGCUCAUAAACUUGGUCUCUUGACAACACCUUAUGCUUUCAAACGAGAAGAAGCCAUUGCCAUGGCAAAAGCUGGAGCUGAUAUUAUAGUUGCUCACAUGGGGCUCACAACUUCAGGGUCUAUUGGUGCUAAAACUGCCAUCUCCUUGGAGGACAGUGUUGCUCUUGUGCAAGACAUUUCAGAUGCUGCACAUGAGAUAAAUUCCAAUAUCAUUGUGCUUUGCCAUGGAGGUCCUAUAUCCAGUCCUAGAGACGCUGAAUUUGUAUUGAAGAGAACAAAGGGAGUUCAUGGUUUCUAUGGUGCAUCAAGCAUGGAGAGGCUGCCAGUUGAACAAGCUAUCACUAGCACCAUGAAAGAGUAUAAAUCGAUUUCCAUGAAGUGAAAGUGUGAAACUAUCCCCCCCCCCC